AUGAUCAGCAAUAGUGAAGGUUGCUGCAUAUCCAUGGUUGUUGAUCACGCAUUUCAUCGGCAGAAAAUAAAUUUUCUAGGUAAACGAUUGUUGGCCGUAAACGAUUACGUAAAUUACCGAUCAACAGUAGCAUAUCCAUUGUUAGCUGGGUUGACCUGUAAGAUGGCAAGUUCUUCAGGAGAACAUAUAUUAUGUUUUUUCCAUAUAAGGGGGCAUUUUCAAAAUGAUGACCAAGGAAGUAUGCAAUAUGUUGGGGGGAGUGUUAAAACUAGAACAAUAAAGGAAGGGACAACAUAUGAAGAGUUGACAAGAAUGAUAUCAUCAAUUAUAGGGAAUGAAAGUAACAUAAUCAAGUUAAAAUUCACGAUCAAUAUUGAUGCAAGCACACUUGUAGAUCUAGUUGAUGAUGAUGGAGUAGAACAUCUGAUCAAAUAUAACAAACAAAGUAGACAUGUGUAUGUAGUUGCAAAUGGGAAUGACACCAUAGAAGCAUCAAUGGAUUGCCCAUUAGAGAACCAACAAGUGAUUGAUAAUUUAUUGAGAGUUUCAGAUGGAUGCUCUUUCUCUCUACCAAGUAUCUAUCCUGAGAUUGAAGACUUGGAAUUGGCAUGCGUUGUACAAAUGUUAACUACACCAAUACCUGAAAUGAGUUCUAUGAAAUGGAAGGAUUUGUUAGUAGGUAAAGGGCAGUUUUUUCCUAAUGUUGAUGCCUUUAGACAAGCAUUGUACAAGUAUAGCAUCUCCUAUAAGUUUUCAUACAAGUUUAAGAAGAAUAACAAAGAGAAAAUCAUUGCAUAUUGCAAGGUAGAGGGCUAUGAAUGGAACAUUGCAACAUAUUCAAUGGGGAAAGAUAAUGAGAUUUUAAGGGUUAUAAAAUUCAACAAUGAUCACACCCAUAAUGCGCAAGACAACCUUAUUGUGUCACACCCGACAAGGUUAAAAUUAACAUCAUCAAUCAUGGUUGAUGCUCUAAGGUCUAAUAUAGAUAAAGGUGCCAAUGAACUUGCAAGAGACUUGUAUAGAGAGUACGAUGUGCGAUUGAGUUACAGUCAAGCCUAUAGGGGAAGAGAAAAAGCAUUGCGGGAAAUACAUGGUCGUGCAGAAGAUUCUUAUAGCAUAAUCCCUUGGAUUUGUGAUCGAUUAAUGGAAACUGAUCCGAUGACAGUUGCAAAAUAG